AUCAAACCAGUUAACGAAUACCGAGCUCCACGUCACCAGCUUGAUGAUGACGAGGAGUCUGUUGAAUCGAAACCUUCACCAAUCCCCACUGUUGCUGUAGUCAUAGAUGAUUCUGUCGCAGUGGACUAUGUUCUCAUUUCUCCUUCCACCAUCGGAAUUAUCUCAGCCAACUUUCCACGGACCAGAGCCGUGGGGAAAGUAUCCAUAACUUAUCCAGAAUUAUAUGCUGCUGCUACUGAAAACUCCGAAGCUGAACCUUCUAAAACAGAAGACGCAUCCAAGGAUUACUACGACGAAGAUGAACAAUUAUAUUCUGCCAUUGAGCACAAAGUCAUCCAGUCCAAGUAUGCGCAAACAGAAAUACCACUUUAUUACAGCGAAACGAAUAAGCUGCUUUCUGUCACCUUUCCGCACUUUGCCAACGUUAUAACCUACUCGUUGAUAGCUAGAGCACUAGUUUCUAAACUCAAUCCGUCCAAGACCUGGAUCACAUUGGCUCCUUGUAGCCUCAAUAAUAACCAGACUUUGAGCAAGUUGGUCAUUAAUGAGAAAGUAGUCAAGUCGGAAUACUACAAUGCCAUUCCAGACUUGAAGCCUCCGCACUUUGUAACGGGCAUUGUAGCAUCUGUGAUCUCACAAUUGAACUUGUCUCCAGAGUCGAGAUUAUUGGCAUUGGUGUUGAACUCAGAAGGUCAAUCGGGCUUCGAAAAAUCUGACAACGACGCCAUAGUAGAUGCGGCAGUUGUAGUGGCCGAUGUUUUGCACUUUGACGAAAGAGUCAAGGAAGAAUACUUGAAAAAGGUGAGUUUGUCAGUCAGAAAGUUCAACGGCUUCUCCAACUCUGGGAUGUAUAUAUAA